AUGCCUAUGCCAACUUUUGCUAAUAAUGAAGCUGGUAUACCCAUGCCUACAUUGUAUAACGGAACAAAUGUUGGAGAUCCAAGAGUUAAACCAAAGUUAUCUGUUGUAGAAUUAGUACUUUAUAAUAUGGCUGCCAUUUUGGCUGGGGUAGCAACUGGUUAUGAUGUGAGAUUGUCAAAUAUUUCACCCGUUCAUCCUAGACUGAGACCGGAGAGAUCUGAAGAUGAAUAUUGGGAAAGAAAAUGGUGGAUUCGUUCACCGGAUCCUACUCCAUGUACUUCUGCCUCCAAUCGAGGUUCUGUUUUCGGCCAGGAUUAUGAAUUUUCAAGUUCAAGUGGUUAUGCCCACAAUACCUAUCACGGACCUGCUCGUCAUUUAAGGCCGACUCUUAACUCUAAUUUUACGAAUGAACCUCCUCAAUAUUUCAAUCCAAACCAAGCUGUCGUUCUUUCUGUAAAUACUCCUCGAAAAAAUUCCUCAGGCAUUAACAAUGCAGAAGCAGAGAUUUAUUCUUCGAAUAAUUCACAUGAAAAAGCAAGUUCGUAUUUUGAUUAUCAUCACGGUAUGUCAUCCGAAAGUGGUUCCAAUGAUAUGAUGGUGAGAUACCAACAAAGUCCAAGGUGUGAAAAAUUUAGGAAAGAAAUUAUCGAUCAAAGAAGUUUCUACGAGAUGCAAUACAGGCUUCAGCAAAACUAUUGUGCUCCAAAAGAAUAUAUUUAUGACGGGUCUUCUUAUUAUGAUUCCGGAUCAAACGUUCCAACUGGGAACAGCGGAAAUGCGAGCAUUUCAACGAGGACUCCUCCCAGAUUACUCUUGAACUGCGAUCAAGGAAGAAAUCCAACUAAUAAUACGUGUAACACAUGCUCAAUGAAUUUAAAUUAUAGAGUUGAAAAUGAAGACUCUAAUUUAGAAAUAACUCAACCAAAUACAAAUUAUUACGGAAGAGGUUCUGAGUUUCUACCCUCGGUCAAACGACAGGAUCCUUUUUCAAUUUGUCGACAAAAUUCUUCCGAAGCGGAAAGGCCAGUUACUUUAGACAUGAAUCCCAUAUUGAGAUCUAGCAUGAAAAAGUAUUGUUGCAAUCGAGGAAGUAAUAUUAAAAAUAAUUCAAAUAAUUCUGGUAGUUCGGGAGCAGGAACUCCUACAAAUCCCACUCCUCCGGAUUCUUUAACCAGUGAUGAUUCUAGUUACACUUCGGCAAAAGAAGGCACAACAUCUCGAGUGCGUUUUUCUCCUAUCACGGCACUUUUGUGCGAAUCAAAUCAUCAAAGGGAAGAGGUCAUACGGGAAUCUGGAGCGAAUGAAAAUUCACUAAUAGGAAUUCAAUUGAGAAGAAUUCGAAAACCCAGCACCGGUGAAUUGGAAAAAGAUUUUACGUCGUAG